AUGGUGGUAGGUGUGGCUGGUGAGGAUGCUCCUUCGGUGGUGAUGCGCACGCUGAUGGGCAGGCGGCACUCGGCCGGAAUGCCCCACUUGCCCGACGCUGUCUUCGGAGCAGAGGCGCUUCAACGCCGCGCGACUCACCGCAUUCGAUAUCCGGUGGAGCGCAAGAUCAUCACCAAUUUUGGAGACAUGGAGCAUAUCUGGCACCACUUGUUUUACCAGGAACUGAAGGUGGCGCCCGAGGAACAUCCGGUGCUGCUCACCUACGCCGCGGACUCUCCCCCGCGCAACCAGGAGAAGAUGCUGCAGAUCAUGUUCGAGACUUUCAACGUGCCCGCAGUUCACCUGGGCGAUCAGGCGACGCUGGCCCUCUUCAGCGCGGGCAAAACGACUGGGGUAGUGGUGGACAUCGGAGCCUCGGGCUCGCUGAUCACUCCUGUCUACGAGGGAAGAGACAUAACGGACUACUUGUUGAAGAUCCUCAAUGAGCGCGGAUACUCUUUCACCACCACAGCCGAGCGCAUGCUGGUCGAUGAAAUCAAAUGCAAACUCGGCUUCUGUUCGGUGGACUUCGACGCUGGUUGGACGGCUUGCAUGAAGCAAAGUGCCACUUUGGGAAGCGGGGUCAUUGAUGUCAACAAGGUGGAGGGCACUCAGCUGGCACGGUUACCCAAUGAACUGCUUUGCCGCAUCAACGACGUCGUCAUGCAGAACACCUACACUCGCUGCUACACCCUCCCCGAUGGCCAAGUCAUCACCUUGGACGCAGAGCGAUUCCGUUGCGUGGAGCCUGUGUUCGCGCCCUGCAUGAUCGGGUUCUCGGCGACUGACCUGACCGACAACCUGUACACAAGCAUCUAUCGAUGCAGCUCUGAACUUCGCAAGCUGAUGUGGGGCAAUGUGAUGCUCAGCGGUGGGUCAACCUUGUUCCCCGGCAUGGCUGCGCGACUCCAAAAGCGGCUCACCGAUCUUGCCCCCGCUGAUGCCGGGGUACGAGUGAUCGCGCCGCCCGAGCGCAAGUACGCCACUUGGAUCGGAGGGUCGAUUCUGGGCUCCAUGCCCGACUUCGCCAGCAUGACCGUCUCCACCGCAGCCUACGCCGAAUACGGAGCCAACACGCUGAUGCACAUGUUCCACUAG